AUGAGGCCACCUUCGCCCUUGGGACAAUUCCUUACCGUGCUUUCUCCGUUCCCACGGCCGGGUUGUCCUCAUUCCGCCGUUUUGCCGGCCCAUUUCGCGCGCAUGCACCCUCCACCUCGAUGGCCAAUUCGAGGGCAUCUACUCCUUCGCGUCCCGCGCGCUUCGUUGCACUGCUCGCUUCCCGAUGGUUCAUCUCCUGGUCAGCUUGGCUGUCGCCGUUCACUUGUGUCUUCCUCGGCGGCCUCGCCUUGUCCUCCGUGUUCUUCGCCCGCUUCUUCGUCUUCAGGAAAGACAUCCGAACACCUCGGUGUUUUCUACUCAAAGACACACGAGUACAUUCGCUUUACUCUGGAUUUUCCACGCAAGUCGGUAAAGUCUUCCGCAUCAUCACCUGAGUCAUGCGCAAGUGAGACUAGGAACAGCACUGAGCGCGUCCUGUUUGGCGUCAUUGGCGUCAGUGCGCAUGCUGCCGAAGAGUUAGGAGAGGUCGUCUAUGUCGAGUUUCCUCGUCACCUGGCGCAAGCGGGCAAAGGAGACACUGCGCCCCAGGUCAGCAAAGGAAGGGAAGAUGAACACGAAGACGCGUGGGUGAAGAAAGGGACUCCUAUCUGCUCUCUGGAGAGUGUCAAGAGUGUGGCGGAAGUUUACAGCCCUAUGGACGGUUUUGUGGUAGAAGUCAACGGAAAGGUCAUGGAACAACCAGGCCUCGUUUUCCAAGACCCUGAGGGACACGGCUGGCUUAUGAAGCUUCAGCUGACUCAAGAGGGAGAAGCAGAAGAAGGAAGCGAGGAAGAACGAGCGAGAGCAGCGCUGGCCAAGGUGACAAAGAGACUCAUGGACGCAGAACGAUACGCCACGUUCGUUGAAAGAGAAAAGAGCGCAAGUGCGUUUGAAGACUCCAACCAGUAA